UUAUUACAGAUUCGAAUCUCACUUCUGGACGCAAGACUAAUAACGAAUAUUAUUAGCCGGAGCUGCUUAGUGACUUAGAGACUUCGGGAAACAGUUCUCUUGACGCUUAGAACCGUCUCUUAAGUUAAUACAGACUCCAAACAAACCUUUUGCAAAAGCUACAAGACUCUUACCUAAACCAUCAAACAGGAUUUGGACAAGUUGUUCUUGUUGCACAUUUUGUUACUGAAAAAGGUUGAUACGCAAGUGAAAUGGAGUUAACUGCUGUCUUUGUUCUGGUUACUUUCUCCAUGCGCUUGGUGAACAGUAUGUGCCCCUUGAAAUGUAAUUGCCCAGCUGAGCCGCCCAGCUGCCCUCCGGGUGUUAGCCUAGUGUUGGAAGGCUGUGGCUGUUGUAAAGUGUGUGCCCGACAGCUGAACGAGGACUGCAGCAAAAUGGAGCCUUGUGACCAUCACAAGGGGUUGGAGUGUAAUUUUGGGGCUGAUCCAUGGGCCCCCCGAGGAAUAUGUCGAGCUAAGUUGGAAGGACGCACCUGUGAAUACAAUGGCAAGAUUUACCAGAAUGGUGAAAAUUUCCAGCCCAACUGCAAGCACCAGUGUACCUGCAUUGAUGGGGCAGUGGGCUGUGUACCACUGUGCCCCCUUGAAUUCCCUCUGAGUUCUGUGGGCUGUCCAAACCCUCGUCUGGUGAAAGUGCCUGGACAGUGCUGUGAGAAGUUUGUAUGUGACAAAGAAGUGAAGAAGCACGGUGUCUCCUUUAUUAAUUCAGUUGCUCAAGAAACAGACAACAAUCAACUCCUCUACUUGGGAAAAUACAAUAGCCUGAAAAACCUUGCAGCAUGGAGACAACCUGUGGAAGGACGUUCAGUUCAAAGGAAAUGUAUCAUCCAGACAACAGAUUGGUCCCAGUGCUCCAAGACAUGUGGGCUCGGUGUCUCAACACGAAUCACCAAUGACAAUGCCCAUUGCAAACUUGUCAAGGAGACAAGACUGUGCAACAUCCGUCCAUGUAGCCAGAUUGCCAUCACAAAAUUCAAGAAAGGGAAAAAGUGUUCAAGAACUCAAAAAGCAAAAGAACCUAUUCGUUUCAGCUAUGCAGGAUGCAAGAGCAUCAGAAAAUAUCAGCCUAACUACUGUGGCACCUGUGUGGAUGGCCGCUGCUGCUACCCUGUCAAAUCACGCACUUUGAGUGUAUCCUUCCGCUGUGAAGAUGGCGACACUUUUGAGAAGAACGUUAUGAUGAUCCAGUCAUGUAAAUGCAGUUCCGAGUGCUCUCAUCUUAAUGAGGCUGUCCAACCCUAUUACAGACUACAAAAUGACAUUCACAAGUUUAAUCAGUAAAAUUGCUGUGGAGAGGAACCCUGGAAAACAGAACAAACUUGAAUGACAGAAAUAAGCACUGAGUGCUUGACAGAAGCUGUAUUCCCAUGAGUGCAUUGUUCUUUAUGCCAUUGGGAGGUGUAAAGUUUUUUGUUAGCUUUAGGCUAAGUUCCGGCUGAGAAAAAAAGGGUUAAAAAAUACUAUUUAACAUCUUUUUGUCUUGGCAGGUGUAAAGGGCAGAGAGCAUACUGCACAAAGAAGAGUCUUUGUGGCAUGGUUUUUGAAUGUACCUAAACACUUACAGAUGGCAGCUUCAAGGGACAGUGCAUGUGUCAUUUCAAGACAGGCUAGGACUGGGAUCUGUGGUGAAAAUGGUGGUAAACCUGGACAGGAGAAUUUAUAAAACAUGGGGCUUUGCUCUGGAGUCUGUUGUCUGACUAGUGCUUGUAUGACAUUUCUAGAACAAGCUAGAAGUGAGCUUGUAAGACAGUAACUGUAAAACGCAGUGCAAGAUUAUGAAGCAUGGCUUUCAUUCUGAUAUCAGCAGCCUAUCAUAGUCAAAUCCGUGUCAGAGGACAUAAGUGGACAGGGCCUAACAAAUAGUUAUGCUUAAAAGGGGUUCAUUUAUAGUCAACCAGCUUCCUCCCACCUUUAGUGCAUGUUUGUCCUCCCCAAAAUGCAUGGUUACUGUUUAGUCAGAAUCGAUAUGUGGGGGGGGGGGGGGGGGAGGAAGGACACAUUGAGAGGCCAGUGAUGUUUAAAUGCUGAUUAAUGUGUAAGGCAUGCUAACAAAAAAAAUUCAUUUUGAUGAGCACACAGUUUAAUUUUCAAACAGUCCUUUUUGGUAUUAAAGACACCAAGGAAUCAUAUUUUGGGAGGAGAUUCACAGCUAGUAAGACCACCCCUUCUAGAAGAGAAGGCAUAGUACAUAAAGACCAAAAACUUAACAAUUUUUUUUACUUUUAGAAGAGUCAUAUAUGGAUAAAUAAAACUGUUUACAACACCUACCCAAAUGGCCAGGCAUUCAUUUCUCAGUAAUUUGAGCCUCUCCUAUGUUACAAGAGUAUAUUUAUUUUGUAUAGUAAGAAAAGUCUCACAUAGCUUCAAGGUAUUUGGAGCGUUUUUAUGUUUUUGGCUUCGUCUAGGAGCAGCCCCAGAACCAUUUGUAACAAAUGUUGAUAUUUAAUUUUCUCUGGGAUAUCUGUGUAUGUCAUUUUUAAAUAUACCGUCUUAAACUGUUAAUUGUACUAAUGACAUUGUUUAAUUAGUAGUGUCAUAUUUUGACCCUUUAUGAAACCAUUUGAUGUCAUAUUUAGUAAUACUUGCUUGUAUUUAAAAAUGUGCUUGCAGAGGCCUUCAUGUUUGGGUUCAGGAUUUAUUUUAGCACUCAUGCUGGUCUGAAACCAAUCAAUGGUUAUUUCAACAGUUGUAUCCGUCAGUGAGUGUAGAAGUACGGCCACACAGAAAUGAAGACCGUUACAUUUUGUGCAAUAACUUUGUAAAUGAAGGAGGCUGGAAAAUUAAGGACUGUUAAGUGGGAACACCAUGAUUGUGAGCGAGUGUGUGUAAUUCUCACUCCUGAACUUGUAUGUUAGUGGCAUGUCCCAUGAUGCAUUUUGUGUUGGCUAUUAGAAUAUUUUUACAUACUGUUUAAAGUUUCGGUAGACUAAAAAUUUGAUACAUUAAUAUGCGGCUCAUUUACAGCACCAGGAUGAUAUUCUACACAGGACUCUGUUCAGUUCUCACUGAAUGAGGUCUUUAUUAUACCUUAAGACACUGCUUUUAAUGUGCCCUUUGGGUUUUGGUGUACGCAAUAAAAAAAAUAUCAUCGCUGCAGUGAUGGGGAUGCCAUUAACAAUCGCAACACUGAUUGUGAAAUCUUAUAUAACAAAAUAUGCUUUGUAUACAAAUGAAGGCCUGUAACCAAGUGAUAGAUUAUCAAAGUGACACCCUCCUUUCUGAAAGGGUUAAAAUAAUUAAAAAUAAAUAUUAGAACCAAGUUCUUAAAUGUAUGUUGUCUGCUGUGAGGUCUGAGGAUGAUCUUCAGGGAAAAAAAAGAUCACAGUGGAAUGUUCUUGUGUCUGAUUUUAGUCACAUCUGUAACAAUGUAUUUAUCUAAAUGUAACAUAUUUUAUAUUUUGGAUAUAAAUAAUAUAGUGCAUUUAAUAUCUAUUGAAGUUUUUAAAUAUGAAGCAAUAAAUUUAUUUUAUAGAAAACACUGGA